GGGUUUCUGAUCGCCGAGUGUUCGCACCUCACUAUCCUUUCUUCUUCUAGUUGUGAAGAAAGAAAGAGAAAGAAAUUUCAAUUUCUUUCCAUAUGGCUACGAACAUCGCUUACAGAUACAGCCCAGCAUCUUCUUCGAGUUCAACUUCUUCGCAGACUCGGCGUAAGAGUAAUUGCCGCAGGAAAACGAGCUUCAGGAAGAGAUGUCUAACGAUGGCGAAGCAACAAAAAACCAGAGUUUAUAUCCUCCGACGUUGCGUAUGUAUGCUCCUGUGUUGGCAUGCUCAUUCUGUCUCCGAUGAUUGAUCAUCACCAAUCAUCAUCAUCAUCUAUUUCUCUGUUACUCAGGACUCAAUUAUUUCUUCUCCAAUCCAUCUCAACGAACAUCUCCCGAUGAAGAUCAGUACUCAAGUUAUCAAUCCAUCAAGCGAGGAGCUUCGAAUUCAAAUAGAUCAAUCGAGAAUUUUUCAAUUCCAUUCCGAAGACGAAAUUAUUGAGCUAAAAGCUUAAUUUAAAUUCUAUCAAGUGGUAUCAAAGCGUGAGAUUGUUGCAAGGCCCGGCGUUGCAGGCCAAACCAAGUAUUGAAAUUUAACUGAUCAAUUCACAUUACUACUCUCCAAUAGACAGCUGGGCCCACACUCAACAUGUGGCAUCAAUACCAAAGGCACUAAGUGGCAACGGUACGUGUGAAAUUUGGUCAAGGUUUAGCUGCUGGCUCUACCAACCGGAACCCUGGACAAGAAGAAAGAAGUGGAAGAAGUGCUUAGAAUUUGAUCACGGAAGCGACUAAGCUUGAUUAGUGUUCGAAAUGUCUAGAGAGAGAGAGAGAAUGGUUGUAUUGAGUAUUGGUCAUUGUCUAUUGAUUAGGUUACAAACUAUAAAGAAGAAGAUAAGGUGGUCCAUGUAUAUAUCUCACCAAAACUUCCAAUUGCACCAUACAUUCAUCACCA